AGCAUAAACAACAAGAAAUGGACAAUAAAAGUGAGGCUACUUCUGUAGACUUAGGAAAUUUAUGGGAAGAUAUCACUAUCUUUGCUGGGCAUGCAGACCCAUAUGUACAAGCUAGCACAUCACCAAACGUCUCCAAUCAUGAAGGAAAUAUACACAAAUAAAUUCAUUGAUGAAAUAAAAAUAUUACAGACUAAAGUAACUGAGCUAGAAAAGAAAUAUGCAGAGGAAAAGAAGAGGAAUGAAUUACUUCAGGAUAAAGUCAAAUCAAUGAAACAAGGCCUUUACAGAGAAGAAACUCAUAUCAGAGCAAGAGUGAAGCAGGAAGUGGCUGAUAAUUUUCAGUACAAAAUACAGCUAAGUAAUAUGAAAUGGCAAGAAGAAAUGGAAUUCCUCAAAGAUAAAGCAUUUGAGCUUAAUAAGCAGAUCAUGCUCAAAGACAAAGCUUGUCUAGCUGUUUCAAAGUCAAAUAUUGAACAAGAGAUUAUCAUUGCCAAUGCUAAUAAGUUUCUUGUCCAAAGCAGUACAGGAGAGCUAAACCUUGAGAAGGUUUUGCCAAUUCCUUUAUGAUUUCAUGAAAUGGAUAAAAAUAAGAGAGGAAAGAAAAAGAAAUGCCCUUAUUUUGAGAAAUCCCAAGAUUUGUGAAUAUCGAAUGAAGAGCUUCAGAAAAGUAACAAAUAUUUAACCCAAGAGUUCUAUGAUUUGAAGUCAUUAUAUGAAUCAAUGACUGAAGAACUAUCAGAAUCAAUGAAUAAAGGAAAACAACUUGAGGAAGAAAUUGAACUUCUUCACAUAAAUUAUGAUCACAAGAUUAAUAAUGUCAAAAGUAGUAUCAAUAAGGCAGAAAUAAUGCUUCGAAAAGAGAAUGCUCAACUUAGACGCAAAUAUGAAACUCUGAAGAAUGAAUUUGGCAGAGAACUUAAGAUUAAAGAUUUAUUAAUACAGAGGCACAUUGAGUACCAAAAUAUCCUGAAGAAAGAACUUAUCAUGGCUAAAAAUAUUUUAAAAGAUCCUAUUUUGACAAAGAAGGCAGAAAGGGAGCUAAAUUACUCAGAGACUGCUAUCUACCCAUUGAAAGAUUUAAAUAGAAUGAUACAAAAUAAAUCAACAGAGCCAAGAAGCUUUAGAAAAAUUGAAUCAUGCAUUCCUCAAAUAGAUGACAGUUUUAAUUUGAAGAAGUAUAGUCUCACUCCAAAGGAGGCACAAAAAUUUAAGAAUAAAUCUGUUGUAUCCACAAACUGUAUUUUUAAGCCACAAAAGAGUGCAAUUGCAAAGAAGAUGCUGAGAAGUAACUAUAAACUUCUCCAAUUAAACCCAAGCUUUGCUGAGAGUAAGCUGGCUGAGAAUAACAGAACUAUUUCUUUAAGGAAGGAGGAACCUAACUUAGUGUUCUGAGAUACAAAACUUAAGAUACCAAAGUUGGUAAAUAUAAACACAACUCUAAGCAGUGAAAGAAUGAACUCUAUUUCUUUGUUCAGGAAUGGGAAUAGUAACUUCUUUACUCAAUCAAAUGAUGGUUAAGCUCAA